UUAACUUGCUCUUGGCAAAGCAACAUGGCUGCUCAGAAUGUGUCCAGCUGCUUUGAUGCUCUAGUUAUAGGAGCCGGUAUCCAGGGCUCUUUCACAGCCUACCACCUGGCCAAGAACAACAUGAGAACGCUUUUACUGGAGCAGUUCCUCUUGCCCCACUCUCGGGGAAGUUCUCAUGGACAGACCCGGAUUAUUCGGAAAACCUACGACAAAAAUUUCUACACCCAGAUGAUGAUCGAGUGCUACCAGCUCUGGAAGCAGCUGGAAACAGAAGCCAAUGUUACCUUAUACAGGCAGACGGGGCUAAUAGUAAUGGCUGUGGAAGGAAACCUGGAUUUCCAAGCCAGGGUGAGGACAUUGGUUCAAAACCAGGUGCCCAUGGAGAGCCUGACGUCUGAAGACUUUUCAAAGAGAUUUCCCGCAGUUAACUUGCCACUGGGAAGCUCGGCCAUUAUUGACAAAACAGCUGGAGUCCUGUAUGCUGACAGAGCUUUGAAGACCGUCCAGGAUUUGUUCCAGAGGUUUGGAGGAAUGAUACGUGAUGGGGAGAAAGUGGUUGAUAUACAGCCCGGGUCUCUGGUUUCCGUGACAACCACUGCAGGAAUGUACAGAGCAAAAAACCUUGUGAUUACCGCUGGACCUUGGGCAAAUAAACUGCUGAACCCUAUGAGGCUACAGCUUCCUCUGAAGACACUGAGGAUCGCUGUCCCCUACUGGAAGGAAAAGGUUCCUGGGACCUAUGGAAUUUCCAAGAGCUUUCCUUGCUUUCUGGUGUUGAACCAAGCCAGACACCAUAUAUAUGGACUUCCUUCCAAUGAAUAUCCAGGGCUUAUGAAGAUCUGUUACCACCACGGCAUAGAAGCCGAGCCAGAUGAACGUGAUGUGACAUCUCAAACACAUUUCCAUGAUAUAAAAGUCCUGGCUGACUUUGUGUCUGAGUAUUUGCCUGGUUUGGAUCCCACGCCUGCUAUCGUUGAAUCCUGCAUGUACACAUUAACCCCAGACGAAGAUUUCAUUCUCGAUCGCCAUCCAGUGCAUAGUAACAUCAUCAUUGGAGCUGGCUUCUCAGGUCACGGUUUCAAGCUUGCUCCAGUGGUUGGCAAAGUCCUGUGUGAACUCAGCAUGGGAAAGCGCACUUCCUACAGUCUCUCACCUUUCAAAAUCAGUCGUUUCCAGUUAAAAUCUGUGCUGUAGGAAUAACAGCAGCAGGAAUAACAGUUUGUGACACACAAACACACCCAAAGAUUAGAGUAAUGAAGAUUAGAGAAUGAGAUAGAUAUUAAGUGUUUUGUCACCGAACAAGACAAUGCAAAUAAUAGUUUUUGAUUUGGUGAGGAACGCGGAAUUCACUUGUAAUAUCUUGCAAUCGACACAAAAGAGGAAGGAGCUUUGUGCACUGGUAAUAUCUGGGAGAAAAUUCUGAAUUAAAAUGGCUGGAAACUCAGCCAAGAUAACUGAGAGUCGAUCAUGUCAGAAUCGUUUAAGAGCAUUUUAUUGUUUGAAGGGAAAAGAACAUGAAAGCCGUGUGCACUGUGAUGUGGUUUUCAUCUGCAAUGUCCUGAUAAAAUCAUUAAUAGCGUGUGUUUUUAAAAAAAAUGCCCUACACGCCAGGUGACUGCGAAACCAAGAUAAUUAACUCCAGCAGCUGAAAUUGAGCUCUGAUCUAUUAAUUCUUUUUUUUUAAAAAAAUUCUGAAGCUCCAGUUUAGCAACAGACAUGGCCAAUGAGCAGUUUACAAGACAACGGUUUCAUUGCCCUGUUGCGAAUGUGUAAGCCGUUGAAAGAUGAAGAUAAUGGGGUGUCAUCCCCCUCCCCCACUCACAUCCCCUCCUUUUGUGCUCAUUUAAAUCAAGGCAACGUUAAACGAACAUUCACCUGCGCAGUACGCAUCUGCAUCAUUUAGCCUGCGGUGGAAAUGUGCAUCAAUCACUUCCCCUACUUAUUCUGAACGAGCCGCAAAAGGGAAAGGGCAGACAAUUUUCUUAAAAGGCUUACUCAUUCCUUCAGUGGCCGACUCAUUUGUCAGGCAAAGAGAAAACGAGUCCAAGUUACCAAUCCCCCUCCGAGGAGAAGCUUUUAGCUUCCACUUGGUGCUUUUCCUACAGAAAAUAACAUGGGGGUAUAUAGCUCAGUAACUCACUGCGCAGAGAAAUGUCAGGCGCAAACCUGAGCCCAAGCAGGCCCAUAUGUCAGGCCUUCAAUGCACCGUUGAACAAUUGUAUUUUCUCUUUCCUACGAGCAAGAUUUGUCGAAGAAAUCCCAAGAGCAUGGCAUCACGGGCGAUUGUUGAGGAUAAUGGCAUAUGCUGGCAGUCACUUAGUCAGGCAGCAUUGGACUUCUCUUAUCGGUGAUACAGGUGACAUAAAUUUCAGUCAGCGAGUAAGCAAAGACACCUCUUGCAGAAGGCAGUGAAGAAGAAAGGCAUGGCAGAAAGUGAUAGAUUGGCAUCCUGCAAACUACUUUUGUGUCUGACGAGCACCAAAGUAAAACAUUCGGAGGGAUAAGCAAAUUUUCAGCUUAAUCUCCAUGAUAAUUGGGCCUGCAUUUUGUUCUUUAACCCACAGAGAAUCCUCCUCUGUUGAAUUCUCUAGUACUCAGCAAUCAGUCAUAAGGAGUUCGAUUUUUUUUAAAUAAAAGUUUUUUUGAUGAAUGCGCACCUUCUACUUAACUGUAUCUGGAACUGUGUUAUGACAGAAUCAUUAUGGAAAUAGAAUAGGUGUGCUCACAGCCAACUGGCUCCACAAUCACACAGCUCUGUUAAAAUGGUGUAACGCAAAGCCAAUAAAGUGCCAAUCACAGAUCACGGCAUCUUAUUAUGCCUCAUUGGAGGCGCUCCAAUAAAUAUCGGUCUGCAUUUUGCAGGAAAAUAAGAUACUGCCCCAUAUCUUGUGUUUUGACAUAUAAUCUCGAUUUUAUUACUGGUUAAGUUUAAGCGAAAUGCAUAAACCCUUAAAACCUUGUUGAAAUAAAUCUUCUACUGCUCAGUAUUUCAUUUUAAAAGUAGCUUUUCUCCCCACACACCAUGGCUAUUUAUAAUCUUUAGUUUUCUCUGCCAAGUUUGCAAAAAAACAAAGCAUUUGACAAGCACCAAGUACUUGAAUAUCGUAUUUUGAAUUCACUGUGAGACAAUUCAGAGGAUUCAAUUUUUUUUUGCUUGCAGAUCAAAUACAACAUUUUGUAGAAAAUGAACGACUUGAGUGCCUUUUAAGGUGCCAUCCGUUUAUUUUUUUUUGGGGGGGGGCGGGAGGUCAGUCGGGUGACUAACACACACGGAAACCCAUCACCAUUGUCUGAGAGUAUUCAAACCAAACUGAGAAUUCCACGCAGCCCACCUACAGGGUGGAAAUUCCCAAGAAAUGGUUUGAAUGGCAUGCAAGUUCACUCCCUGGAGGAACCCAUUCUGCUUACUUCGUUCCGCAGUCACCGGCACAAUUAAUUUGGAAGUGCAUUUUCAGAAUUAUUUACCCGGUUCACUCAGACUGUGCCCAACUGUCUUCUCAAGAUCUAAACAGGAAAAAAACAUCGGAUUUGCUCACCGUACAUGAGUAAGUGUGUCAUGUUGAGCUUAAUUAGUAUCAGGACGUCAAAUUCCUUAAACAUCACCUUGCCUUACUCAACACUGACCAAAAACUAACUCACUGAGCAAUCGUGUUGAAUGAACGCACGAUUUGGUUGGGAAAAUCAGGGAAGUGCUAUGCUUACAAUUUCUUUUUAAAUGAUAGCAUCUGCCGUAAGGGUUUCAAGCAUAAUAAUGAACAUAUUCAGGAAUUACAUUCCAGUCUGUACUCUUGAUUUGAAUAAAGAAUUCUUUUAAGUACCAA